CUCCCCCCGCUCCCCUCCUCCCCUCUCCAUUACCUGCGCCCCCCGCCCCAAAACCCUUUCUCACUCGAUCAGCUGACGCGGACCUGGCGACUUCGCAGCACGGAUCCAAUGCAAACCUUUCGUACCCUGUCGAAAGAUUUGAUUGUUGAGAGGUCACAAAUUCAUUGCAGAGAGAGUUGGCACUUGGGGUCUAUAUAGUCUCAAACCUCUGAAACCAGAUACACCAAUAAUCAUCAAUAUUUCAUCUCUUCUCAACUACUCCAGUCAUCCAUCAUACAGCUUCCUGAAUAAGGAAGUGUUGGUGCUCAAGUAUCAUUCUUAAUAAGCCUUUGUUGUUUAUUUGAGUUUGAGCCCUCACGAUGACGGGAGAUGAUGAGUCCAGAGGCUCCAGUUUGGAUGACAGCUCUUUAUCACAAGAGUGCACUCCAGAAAGUGAUGAUGAAAAUGGCCCACUUGCUGACCUUGUAUCAAGAAUGACUCCUCACCUCAUUUGUGAUCCGAAAAUUGCGAAGAACCGCUUGAAAACCCUGGGCGUAAAGAAAAUCUCUAAGUUCUUAUUAGUAAAAGAAACAGACAUCCUGGAUAUAAUGGAGCCUGUAGGAUUUAGGGAAUUAUGUAUUCAACUUAAAGAGAGAGCAGAGUCCAGAAAUAUCAGGUCUAGUAAAGAAUAUGUUCUCAAUUUAAAACAUGUUCUGUCUUCAAAACUAAUGGUUACCAUGAAUGGUACUGAACCUAUGACAGACUUAGAGCGAAGGAAUGUUAUAGAUGCAGUUGGUGAUGAUAUUGAAGAAAAUAUGAGGGUUGUCCGGGAAGAACAGGUCCAAAACAUGAGCACAACACUCAUCAAAUCACAUGCCAAAGCCUUUGGUUGCAUUCAGUUGGACGAUGAAGAAGUAAUGCUUGCGGCCCACAACCUAAAGAAGAGUCUGAUGUACAGAAUUAACUACAAGCGCAGGAAGUCUUCACAGAACUCGAAUGAACCAAAGAGGAAGCGACCACGCUUCUCUAGUAGAGAAGAAUAUGGCCUGCAAGGAUGUCUGGAUCUGCCUGCCCUUUCUGCUACUGAUAAUGCUGAAGAACUGGAUAUCAAAAGACGAUCUUUAAUAGGAAUGUUUGAGUCAGAUGUGUAUGACUUAAAUUGCGUGAAGAGAUUAAUGGCAGAAACAUCCGUCUUACAGCGGCAUGACAUUAAUAGAAAGCUUCACCUUCAAGAAAUAAAAACAAGAUGGCCAUUCAUCGGACAGACCAACAUUCUUGAGGAACAUUUUUUUUCAUUAAUGGGCAUUGAGUCUUCAACGGUAGAUGAAACCUUGAAAACUGUACCUGGUAAAUUUUUAAAAUAUUUUUCACAUCUCUCAACUAAAAAGCGGAAAGGUGCAGCCAAAGACAUUCCUGAUAAGAUCCAUAAGAUUCUCCAAGUUUAUCACCAGAACAAAGAGAAUAAUAAGGGAACAGACCUACUGGCAGUUAUUUUAUGUAUCAUUCGCCAUCUGCAACUGCCCCAAAAGGCCCUUUUUCUGAUGUUUGAGGACACAGCAAGUUAUCAGGAAGUACAGUCCUCAAAUCUGUCUGAGGAUGGGUGUCCACUUAUUGCUGUAAUGGGUAGCAGCUUCUUUUCACAAUCGACUGUGGCCUAUGUUGUUGUCGACAAUGUGGUGCUAUGGGAGAAGCCAAUGCCCUUGCUCACAGCGUUACAUGUGAUGUUCAUGUGCUAUUUUGUUUUUAAAAUAUCUUACAACCCUCUGGUUGCUCCUGCACUGGAGUUCAUUCAAAGAAAUAUUUACAACAUCAGGGAUGCCGGUUCAAGGGUGGCUAGGAAGAAGUCUAAGAAUGGCCACUACAGCCAUGCAGUGAAAGAUGUCACUCCCAAAUACUCAUCUUUAUUAAAAAAUUUCAAAGAGUACACUUCAAAGUACAAUUUUGACGAUUGAAUAAGUUUUAAUGAUAUGUAACUUUUGUUGGAUUCAUCUCCAGUUUUAAGACUGAUAUACUGUGUUACUAAGUGUGAAUUAUUGUUUUAAGACUCAAAUUUUAUUGCCAAGUUUUAUUGUUUCAACAUAACCAUGUUUCCAUUUAAUACUUAUGUGUUUUUGGCUGUCUAUGGUUUUAGAAUGUUUGGUACCUCCUGUCCCUUGCUUAUUAUUUUCAAAUUGUACAAUAUAUUUUUAUAUUAAAUGAAAGCUCUUUACUUCUA